CAUUUUGAAGGCGUUUGGGCGGGAAGCGCGCGGGAGGAGAGCGGCUGAGAAUCGUUCAGGUUUAAUCUGAGAAGAUGUCGAAGAGAAAGGAGUUCCUGGAUUCUGUUCAUCCGGACAAAGUUCAGGACUUUCUCAACUUCAUUAAGCUACACAAAGAUGGGUCGGAGCCGCUGGACCUGGCGGAGGUGGUGCAGGAGCUGCAGAGUAAUCAGAGGGUGGAGCUGUGGGGGAAACUGUCUGCGUUACUGCAGCACACCCUGCAGGCCUACCCUCCAGAGCGCUGGAUCACAGGACUGGAUGGAGACAGUGGAGAUGAGAUGGAGGUGGAGGUGUCUGAGGAACUGAAACUCACCAUGGCUGUGCUGGACGCUGCUGCUGUAGUGUGUACGGUGUCUGUGGACGCCAUACAGGACGGAGACACUUACACUGCUCUGCUGGACUGUGCUCACAUCCUCAACAGUGUAGAGAGCUGUCUGCCGCUGUCGGAGGUGCCGCUGCAGCAGGCUGUUCAUUGGCUGUUGGAGUGCUGGUGGAAGCGGGGUUUGCAGGGGAAGGAAGAGCUCGGAUGGACCGCGUUUGUCGUCUGUUUGGAGAAUACGGUUACUCUCAAGCAAUCGGUGAGUGAACUGAACCGGCUGUUCAGCCUGAGGGACGUGUUACUAACCGUGGACUUCCAGUCUGAGAGAGGUCAGUACAUCACCAGCCCCCUACUGCAGUGCUUCCUCAGCACCAACCUCAUCAAACGCGAGGAGGGGAAGCGUUUUCUUGCUUUUCUCUUCGGCUGGGAUGUGAACUUUAUCAGUAUGAUCCACGGGACCAUCAAAAACCAGCUACCAUAUUUCUCCAAGGCCGUGGCGGCCGAUGUGGCCGAGAUCUACUUCAGGGCCUGGAAGAAGGCGAGCAGCCCCUUCCUGGAGGAGAUCGAGUCUACCUGCAUCCAGGACUUCAUGCAGCACGCUCUGCUCGUGCACAAGAAUUCCCCCGUCCACCCCAAAGUCCGGCAGAUUCUGACGUACUUCCACAAGCAGAAGUUCCGGCAGGGUAUAGAUGAGAUGCUGCACCGCCUCUAUAGACCCAUCCUGUGGAAGGCCCUGAAGGCGGCCAAUGCUGAGGUUCGAGCGAAUGCCACGCUGCUCUUCACCGAGGCGUUUCCUGUCCACGACCCCGGCAUGAGCAGCGAGAACGUGGACGAGCUGGUGCAGAAACAGCUGGACACGCUCUUCGCUCUGCUGGAGGACCCGCGGCCGCUGGUGCGAUCCUCAGCUGUGUUGGGGGCGUGUUCAAUUCUGUCUCGUUGCUGGGAGCUCCUCCCCUCAACGGUCAUCACUGACCUACUGAAGAAGCUUCUUCUCCAGCUGGCCAACGACACCAGCUCCCCAGACAGCCGCUGCGCCGUCUUUAUGUGCAUGUCUAUGAUCCUGGAUAACAGUAUGAGUCACCCGCUGAUGGAGAAGCUGCUUCCCACGGUGAAGACCAGCCUCCAUGACACCUCGGAGAAAGUGCGCGUGGCCUUUGUGGACAUGCUGCUGAAGAUUAAAGCUGUCCGAGCAGCAAAGUUCUGGAAGGUGUGCUCUGUGGAGCACCUGCUGGCCCGUCUGGAGCUGGACUCUCCCUCGGUUUCUAAACGGAUCGUAAACCUGCUCUUCAACUCCUUCUUCCCCGUCAGUCAGUCGGAGGAGAUCUGGUGCGAGCGCUGCGUCACCAUGAUCCAGAUGAACCCGGGAGCCGCCCGCAAGUUCUACCUCUACGCCUACAUGUACACGGCUCCCGCCAACAUAGUGAAACUAAUGCUAACGAUCCGAAAGUGUCUGAACGCCUGCAUUCAGAGGACCAGCAACAGCGCUGAUGAAACCAUCUCCAGCAACAAGGAGAACACUUCAGUGUUGGAGGACGUUCUCUCAGUGAAGGACACGGCUGUCAUGGCCAGUCUGCUGGAGAUCGUGGUGAUCCUGUGGAAGAGUGUGCAGAAAUCUCUAGAGCACAACCAGGAGGCCCUGCAGUACACCACUGCCAAAUUCGCCUCCGUCCUGCCAGAGUACCUCAGGGUCUUCCAGGAGGAGCGCUGUACAGCUCCACUCAUCCGCUUGGCAUCCUUAUUACCUGCUGCUGCUGUUCCAGCUCUCAGGAGUAAGGUAAUGGCUCAGCUGAAACGUGUGUCGGCUGGCUCGGCCGUGGCUGUGUACAAUCAGCCUAUAGACUGUGUGUGUAGCUGGGGUCAGAUCGGCUACGUGCUGGAGCUGAUCGUUGAUUGGCUGACUGAGGCGGCGCCGGUAAAUCAGGCUGAGCAGAGCGAGUCUGAUUCCCGGAGGGUGCAGUUUAAUGACCCCUCGGAGGCCAAGCCUGACCUGGGGCUGGAUUAUCUGGACUAUCUGCUGACGAGGCCGUGGACCCGGGAGAGCCUGCUGUCUUUACCCCUGGAUCAGCUCACCCCUCUGCACAGAGCACUCGGAGCAUGGAUGGCCGUGCUGUACUCUUCCCUGAGUGAGUGUGUGGUCAGUGCGGCGGUAACUGAGACCGCACUCAGAGCUUUCAGCUUACACAGCCGCCUCACCAUCCACCUACAGCACAGAUAUCCUGAGGGGCGGGAGUUCCUGGGCUCGUUGGAGUUCUCUAUGAAGUGGGUGGAGAAGAGGGUGCUGCCCUUCCUGGUCUCCCCUGGGGAGGAGGUCUCUGAGCAGCAGCUGAACCUCAGCAAGCAGAUUGUUGAGAGCUGUCUGACUGUGUGCAGGGAUGCGGUGCAGGUUGCCCUGGGAGACGCCGAUUUCAACGAUAAUGUCCUGCAGUUCGGCUCCCAUAUUCUGCUGUCUGAGAAGGGAUACUGGUGCACUCCUCUGCUGUUGUCUGUGCUGGCGGAGGUGGCUCAGGGCAGCUUCUCACAAACUACAGAAGAUCAGGAGGAGCAGCAGAGCAUCACUCUCAGAAUCAUUACCAACAUUUUCCAGAAAGUUCUGGAGGUCAUGGCUCACCGACUCAGGAAGGACAAAGAAGAGGGACAGGAGCUGUGCUGCUUGUCACAGGAUGCUCUGCAUGAGUUUCUGCUGGUGACCCAGCUGGCAUCUGAAAGCUCGGAGGUCGUGUCUGGAAUCUUCUCAUCUCUGUGUGCCGCCGUCAUCAUCGACAUCAGCCGGACGCUGCAGAAGAUGUCUCAUCCUGAAGAGGUGAUGACCCCAGAGACAGUGGCAGACCUGCCUCCUCUCUCCUGCACCCUCAUUACAGCCAUUCUCAAAUCUCCAGCCGUUACCAGGUGUUUCCUGUCUGAGACGGGGUCGUCAGUGGAAUCUGAGGCCAUCGACAGCAUCGUAGGCCUGGCGGCGAUCACACACAUUCUGACUGUUGUAAGAAAAACGGAAAAGUUCAAGCAGGAUCUGAAGAGCAUCGCCGUUUCCGUCCACAAGCAGAUCCUACAGCACUGCGGCAUCACAGCGGAGGACCCCGCACACACACCCAGGGUCAUCUAUGAGAACGCAGUGAAGACGCUGAACGAGGUUCUGAUGCCGUGAACCUGUGGAUGAUCUUCAGUAUACUUUAUGUAAUAUCUUUCUGUAGUAAACAAGAGCAAACUAAAUAAAUUUAUAAAACAUUUUUGUUAUAUUUGUUUAAUUAAAUAUGUUUUUCUUUCUGUUUUUAAAUUUGGGAUUUUUCACUAAUCUUUUGGAAUUUACUGUGUACUGUAUAUAGAUAUACACAGCUAUUUCAUCCGUUUGUGUGUUACCAAACUUGUGGUGCUUUUAAAAUGAUUAACUUUAAGACCAAGCAGGUUUGUUGUUUGUUUGUCUGUGUGAAAAAUGUUGUCUUGUGUGCUCUGUAAACGUGUCUGAAACUCUACAACUCUCAUAAACCAUAAAUGUCCACUCUUUCUGUUUCUCUGC